UCAAUUUUCAAUUUUGUUGCGAUCGUCGCGAAAUUCCAAAGUUCAAAAUGGUUUGUUCAAAGAUAAAAACUCAAGAAGAUAAUUUCUGAUAGUAUUGUGUGUGAACAUUUCGUACAAGUGAGCGGUCCCCUAUCGAGCAGCAAUAAACAGAUAAUAUUAUAUCCCACACACAAGUCUGUUAUCUGAAAGAUCGUUUCACGUAACUUCAAAGUUAAACCAAGCUAUGGGGAUCGAUGGAAAUAACAUAUUAGCGGAGAGUUUGAAGAGACAGGGUGUAGAAUAUGUGUUCGGCAUUGUGGGUAUCCCUGUCAUUGAGACGUCUAUGGCUUUUCAAGCAGCAGGCAUCAAAUACAUUGGCAUGCGCAAUGAGCAGGCUGCCUGCUACGCAGCACAAGCUAUUGGCUACCUCACCGGCAAGCCAGGAGUAUGUCUGGCGGUAUCAGGGCCUGGUCUCCUCCACUGUAUAGGGGGCAUGGCCAACGCUCAGGUCAACUGCUGGCCACUACUAGUCAUUGCUGGCUCCUGCCCAGAGGACCAUGAGGGCAUUGGAGGCUUUCAGGAGUGGUACCAGGUAGAAGCCAGCAGGCAGUAUUGCAAGUACGCGGCGCGCCCGCCGUCGCCACGGCUGAUCCCCUUACAUGUUGAAAAGGCUGUGCGCCUCGCCACCGCCGGCCGGCCCGGCGCCGCGUACCUGGACAUGCCAGCCACGCUGCUCUUGGGUGAAGCCGACGAAGAUAAAGUACCCUUGGAAUACUAUACAACAGACCGAGUGAACCCCGCUUUCCCAGACCCGGCAUUAGUGGCUGAAGCAGCGGACAUUCUGGCGAAAGCCGAAAAGCCGCUCGUCAUAGUCGGGAAGGGCGCCGCCUACGCCAGAGCGGAAGACGCUGUCAGGAAACUUGUUGAUACAACCAAGCUGCCGUUCCUUCCUACGCCUAUGGGCAAGGGCGUCGUCCCCGAUACGUCCCCGUACUGCGUGUCAUCUGCGCGUACCCAGGCGCUGUCGCAAGCCGACGCCGUGCUGCUGCUCGGCGCUCGCCUCAACUGGAUGUUGCACUUCGGGCAACCGCCGCGCUUCCGACCCGAUGUUAAGAUCAUACAGGUGGAUAUAACCCCAGAAGAGUUCCACAACAGCGUGAAGUCGUCUGUGGCGGUGCACUCAGACAUCAAGCCGUUUGCUGAGGCCCUCACACAGAAGUUAGCGGAGAAGAAGUUCUCACUCCAGCCGACCAGCAACUCGUGGUGGACCGCUCUCGCUGAGAAGCAGAAGGCAAAUGCUGAGUUUGUUGAGUCACAAGCAAACAACGCGACAGUACCAUUGAACUACUAUGCGGUAUUCAAGACGGUGCAGAAAAUUAUUCCCAAAGACGCGAUCAUAGUGAGCGAGGGAGCCAACACGAUGGACAUCGGUCGCGGAAUGCUGUUGAACAACUUGCCGCGACACAGGCUCGACGCUGGCACUUUUGGCACCAUGGGGGUGGGUCCCGGAUUCGCCAUAGCGGCCGCGAUGUGGUGCCGCGACCACGCGCCCAACAAGCGGGUGAUCUGCGUGGAGGGUGACUCCGCUUUCGGAUUCUCAGGCAUGGAAAUCGAGACGAUGUUCCGCUACCAGCUGCCGGUGGUGAUUAUAAUCGUGAACAACAACGGCAUCUACGGCGGGUUCGACCCGCAGACCAUGAAGGACAUACAAGAGGGCGGUGACGUUGCUCUCUGCACACCUCCAUCGGCCCUGAGCACAGAAGUCCGCUACGAGAAGAUGAUGGAACUAUUUGGACAGUCUGGCUUUUUCUGUCGCACUACCAGUGAGAUCGAAGAUGCUCUCAAGAAGGCCCUGGCCAUCACAGACAGACCCAGCAUAAUCAACAUACUAAUCGACCCCCAGUCCAACAGGAAGCCCCAGAAAUUCAACUGGCUCACAGAAUCCAAACUGUGAUUCAAGUACAAAUGUACUUCUGUAUUUUUUUUAAAUAUCGUUGUUAUACCCGAUUCGCAUUAUUCCAGUAAGAUUAGAGCACUCGAUUCAACCGCUGGACUGGAAUGCUUACUGGAAUAAUGUGAACGAACAUUAGUCGAACAAAUUGUGUAAAUAUCAGGACAAUGGGGCAAUUAUGAAGUACACUUGCAUUUCUUUUUUGUUAUAUGUUAUUGUAUGGGUAAGUGCAAUCGAUAAGACUAUAUUGUUGUAUUCCUUUUUACACAUUUUCAAUCAAGUUACAAAUAUACAAGGGUAUUAUUAAGCAAAACAUGUUGUAACAGUAAUAUUGUCUGUAUUUCAGUUACUUAAUGACACAUCACAGUAUCUGUAUAUUAUGAACUUAAAAAUAUAUUUUAAUAAAAUUUACAUUAUAAACUAAA